UUGCAGACGCAAAAGAGGGCACUGCGCAAGGCCAUGGCCGCCAGGCUGCGCACGGUGUCCUCAUCAGACAUACAGCAACAAUGUAGAAUGAUCACGGAGCUCGUACUCGCGUCUCCCUUCUUCCGUCGCAGUAACACCGUCAGCUGCUAUCUCAGCAUGCCUGCUGGCGAAGUCGACACCUCCGCGCUCGUAUCCGCAAUCCUGCACUCUGGGAAGACGCUCUUCGUCCCCAAGAUCGACGUGACGAGUGACGGACGCAUGGCCUUCCUGAAAAUCUACUCCGAAGACGAUCUCCGCACAAUCCCGAGCGGUACGUACGGGAUCAAGGAACCAGAUUUCGAGUGGCUCGGGCGGCGGCGUCACAACGCCCUCGACGACGCGACGGAAACGCUCGAUUUGAUCUUCAUGCCAGGCGUCGCGUUUGACCGAUCGUUAUCUCGCUUGGGGCACGGUAAGGGCUACUACGAUCGAUUCAUCUCGUCCUACACAGAUGCCAAAUCCGCGAGCGGCGCGCGGAGACCGCUCUUAGUGGCGUUGGCUCUAAGGGAGCAGGUGCUGGAGGCCGGAGAGGUCCCGGCGGCGCCGUAUGACUGGAAGAUGGACGUUAUCAUUAGUCCAGAUGGGAUGCUGGGUGUGGACAUGAUGGAAGGCUCGCGUGAUGACGAUGCCUGACACAAACGUCCCUUCAAUUACCGGAAAUCGCCCGAUGAAUAAAUCGAUCAGGGCCGCCUCAUUGCAACCGACACGGGCAAGACUCCUGCUAAAUGAUGUACUCGCUAUUGCAUAAUAUUAUCGAUCUGGCCAGGCGGCAGGAGGUCAGGUCGUGGCAGACGGGAAGAGGAUUGUGCCUGGGGAUGCUAUGUGCUCACCAGCUGGUAGGGCUCUUCACCGGGAGGCUUCUUUUCUUGGAGGUGAGCAGGUGACGAUAAGAGGCGGAGGACGCUGCG